GGGCUCCCGCCGCCCCCUCCGGGCUCCCGGCCAACCCGUCCCUCCCUCUCCUCCCGGAAUGGGGCCGGCGCGGCCCGGGGUCGCGCGCCCUGGCCCCGGCCCGCGCUCGGUCUCGCGCUGUCAGCCGCUGCUCGGCUCGCGCCGCCUUGCGCUUUCCCUCAGUCAGUGGCGCCGGAGGGAGCUCCGUUAAGCGGCGGCCGCGGUUCCUGUUUCCGUUUCUUCCUCUCCCUUCAGUCGGGAGUAGCAUCCUCCACCCCUCCGCCCCUCCCGCUCUCCCCGGCGCGGCCAGCUGCAGCCGAAGGCAGCGGCCGUGGCGACGGGGGACGGCGCCGGCCGCCUCGGGUUGCUGGACUGACUGACGCUAUCUAUGGCCCUGGUGGUAUUUUUAUUCAAGAUAAAAUCCUUUCCAUCUUUAUUAAUUAGCUGAGAAAAUUCAGUUAACAAGCUACCACUUGAAAUCUUGAAUCUGCUCUAAGACCGUCAGACUUGAUUUGCCACAAGUGACAAGACAGGACUUCUUAUAGCCAGGCCUGGCUGAAUUUCCUAUGUAUUUAAGGAGGCUCUUGAACUCUUGAUUCUCCUGUUUCUUUCAAGUUCUGGGAGUGCAGCUAAUCAUUUUCAAGACACCGAUUCAAACAAUAAUACCCUUCUGUGCAAUAUGGUGUGGUUUUCUUGAACAUUUAAAUUCUAAGGGAAGGAAGGCUGUAAGAAUCUGAAUUUCCCCCUAUGCUGUUAUUCACUGUAAGGAACUAGUUCAGCCUCUGGAGGAAAAGACCCAGAAGUAUGGGGGCAGGGGUGCUUGGAGACUGAGCUACCAUGGACUACAUCUGAGAAGAGGUUCUAGGUCAUCUCCAUGCAUGGCCCUUGGUUGGACUAUCGGUCUCUGCAAAAAAUUACUGGAAGGCUGUAGUGGACCUGUCAGAGAGCAUGUAGAAUCCAUGAAGCACAGAACAGUAAAGCCUUCUACUUUCAUCACCAGGAAGAUCUCUUUGCAAGAGUCACCAUAGGAUUACCAGAGAGACUAGUUUGUCUGAAGCAUCAUGUGCUGAAACAACAGAAACCCAUUUUCCUUUGUGGCUAACUAGAAGACAGGGUACGAUGUUUCCAAUUCUUUGAGCUCCAGGAAGACCGGACGGACGGAGUUGAAACUCUGAAAAUGCGGCCAUGGACUGGUUCCUGGCGUUGGAUUAUGCUCAUUCUUUUUGCCUGGGGGACCUUGUUGUUUUAUAUAGGUGGUCAUUUGGUUCGAGAUAAUGACCACCCUGAUCACUCUAGCAGAGAACUCUCCAAGAUUCUUGCAAAGCUGGAACGCUUGAAACAACAAAAUGAAGACUUGAGGAGAAUGGCUGAAUCUCUCCGAAUACCAGAAGGUCCCAUUGACCAGGGGACAGCUGCAGGAAGAGUUCGUGUUUUAGAAGAACAGCUUGUUAAGGCCAAAGAACAGAUUGAAAAUUACAAGAAACAAGCCAGAAAUGGUCUGGGGAAGGAUCAUGAAAUCUUAAGGAGGAGGAUUGAAAAUGGAGCUAAAGAACUCUGGUUUUUUUUACAAAGCGAGCUGAAGAAAUUAAAGCAUUUAGAAGGAAACGAACUCCAAAGACAUGCAGAUGAAAUUCUUUUGGAUAUAGGACAUCAUGAAAGGUCUAUCAUGACAGAUCUAUACUACCUCAGUCAAACAGAUGGAGCAGGUGAUUGGCGUGAAAAAGAAGCCAAAGAUCUGACAGAGCUGGUCCAGAGGAGAAUAACAUAUCUCCAGAAUCCCAAGGACUGCAGCAAAGCCAGGAAGCUGGUGUGUAACAUCAACAAGGGCUGUGGCUAUGGCUGUCAGCUCCACCACGUGGUCUACUGCUUCAUGAUUGCCUACGGCACCAGGCGGACACUCAUCUUGGAGUCUCAGAAUUGGCGCUAUGCUACUGGUGGAUGGGAGACUGUGUUUAGACCUGUCAGUGAGACGUGCACGGACAGAUCUGGCCUCUCCACGGGACACUGGUCAGGUGAAGUGAAUGACAAAAAUGUUCAAGUGGUCGAGCUCCCCAUUGUAGACAGCCUCCAUCCUCGUCCUCCUUACUUACCCCUGGCUGUUCCAGAAGACCUUGCAGAUCGACUUGUAAGAGUCCAUGGUGACCCUGCAGUGUGGUGGGUAUCCCAGUUUGUCAAAUAUUUGAUCCGUCCACAACCUUGGCUGGAAAAGGAAAUAGAAGAAGCCACCAAGAAGCUUGGCUUCAAACAUCCAGUUAUUGGAGUCCAUGUGAGACGCACUGACAAAGUGGGAACAGAAGCAGCCUUCCAUCCCAUCGAGGAGUACAUGGUACACGUUGAAGAACAUUUCCAGCUUCUCUCACGCAGAAUGAAAGUGGAUAAAAAAAGAGUAUAUCUGGCCACUGAUGACCCUUCUUUGUUAAAGGAGGCAAAGACAAAGUACUCCAAUUAUGAAUUUAUUAGUGAUAACUCUAUUUCUUGGUCAGCUGGACUACACAAUCGAUACACAGAAAAUUCACUUCGGGGUGUGAUCCUGGACAUACACUUUCUCUCCCAGGCUGACUUCCUAGUGUGUACUUUCUCAUCCCAGGUCUGUCGGGUUGCUUAUGAAAUCAUGCAGACCCUGCAUCCUGAUGCCUCUGCAAACUUCCACUCUUUAGAUGACAUCUACUAUUUUGGAGGCCAAAAUGCUCACAACCAGAUUGCCAUUUAUCCCCACCAACCUCGAACUGAAGAGGAAAUCCCAAUGGAACCUGGAGAUAUCAUUGGUGUGGCUGGAAACCACUGGGAUGGUUAUUCUAAAGGAAUCAACAGAAAACUUGGGAAAACAGGCCUGUACCCCUCCUACAAAGUCCGAGAGAAGAUAGAAACAGUCAGGUACCCCACAUAUCCUGAAGCUGACAACUAGAGAUCAAGUGUAAGAGAUUAACAACAGAACUCAGUUCAGACCAUCUCGGCCAAGCAGAAGACCCAGACUAACACGUGGUUCAAUAACAGACACGCUCCACACUAAGAACGAGUGGGAACCCUCAGAUGCUGCACUGGCGGAAGUCUUUAUGAAGGGCUGCGGUGCCCUCAUGCCCAUGCACAGUACAAUAAAACACUCACACAUAACAUGCAAAUGGAUCAUUUUCUACUUUGCCCCUCUAAAUAUUAUGUCCCCAUAAAACAAACACUGCCGCGUUGUGUAAUUUAAGUGACACAGACAUUUUGUGUGAGACUUCAAACAUGGUGCCUAUAUCUGAGAAAGCUUCAUGACUUACUGAGAAGAUGUGAAGAGCCCCGCUCUGCCGGGAAAUUGGUUCUUAGCCAGUGGUGGUGGUGUGGCCACUGAAUUCACUCCAGUCAACAGGCUCAGAAUGAGAAUGGAUGUUUUUCCUUUAUAUGGUUGUCUGGAUUUUUUUUUUACGUAAUUUCAUCAGUUCAGUUUAUCCACCUCACCAUUAAUAAAUGAAGGAUACAUCAAUAAAGUAAAAUGAAAUAUUCACUCUCCAUUAGAAAAUUUUGUAAAACAAUGCCAUGAACAAAUUCUUUAGUACUCAAUGUUUCUGGACAUUCUCUUUGAUAACAAAAAUAAAUAAGUUUCAAAAAGGAA